UCGCAUGAUAGUUCCCAUCUCAGUCAAGCGCUGUGUGCUGAAUGUGCCGUCAUCGCUUGAAAAGCAAAUAUAGUCAGGGUUUGAGUAAAUGGCUUCGUUACUUUCAUUCUGUGUUACUUUCGUCACCGCUCUCCGCCUAUAUAUGCCUCAUUUCCUCCUGACUGUCAGAAGAGAAACAACAGCACACAAUCUUCUUCUUCACAAUGGCACCACUGAGGGCUCUCGUCGUCCUCUGCCUGCUUCAUCUGAGUGUUCAGGGCAUUCGGGCUGAGGUGAGCCUCGCUGCCCUUGCUAAAAUCAUCAACUAUUUUGAUGAGAACGUCCAGCCAAAGGCCGAUGCUCAGUAUGCGAUAGCAAUCUCUGUCCCGUUGGAUCAGUGUACGAAAGAAGAUGCUGUAAUCGAGGACGUGUUCAGCAAGGAAGAUGCACAAAAAGUGAAAGAUGUCAUCAGUAAAGGAAAGAUAUGCGUUCUCUGCACCAAAUCAAGCAAUGUCAUUGCCACGAGGCCAAAUGGAAAGACAAAGGAACAUUCUGAGCACAUUCUGCUCUAUCCGCUCGAUGAUUCUCCAAUGAACGAACUUCUGAAAAAGGCAGAUGAGAAAAGCUGUGUAGUUUUCUACUCGUACAACUCACCUUGUGUGACAAAGUGCAUUCAGAGUGCAGACAAUAUUUUGUCAGGCCUUUCGAACUGGAAAAAUAUACGAAAAGAAAAUAACGUUUUUGUCUUCAACAAGAUCUGGCAGAAGGACGCCUGGAGGAAGGACAUGGAAAAAGAUCUCCUCAAGAUCAAUGAAGUGCCUCUUUAUCGGUGCAAUAAAACGAAUAAAAUGGAGUGUCAGAAAUGUGUGGAAAAAAACACUCAGAAGGUGAUUGCUUUCUGUCUGCCCAAGAAGUAAAUGAUUUCUGUAUGAGGAUUUUUCAUUUAAAAUUCAUUUCUUUGAUCAAGUUUGUAUUUUUUAUGCAUCUUUGCAUUGCUUAUGUAAACCUUGCUUCAGUGAUCAAACCCUGGCGUGUUAAUAAAUGAAUUGCACCUUAUAUUUUCCUAAAAAUGUUCAUAUUUUGCCCAGCAUGCAUUGCUAUAGACAGUGCUAUAAAGUUAAUUUCUUUAUUAUUAAAUAUAAUUCUUACUCACCAAACGCUUCUUUCAUUUAAUAUUUUCGAACACCUGUUCAGUACAUAAUUAAAAAAAUGAUUUCAGUCA